GUCAUGGAGAAGAAACUAGAGGAGCUGAAGCAGCAGCUAGAAAAACAAUGUAUGAUAAACCAGGAGCUGCAGAGGAAAAACAAAGAUCUGGAGCAACGGCUGCAGGAGAAAGAGAAACUUUUGCAGGAGCUGCACGGUCAAUAUCAUGGUCUGGACUGUCCCUCUCAGAGCGGUAAUGAAAUUGAACCGGAGGUCAGAAGGAGCCGUGCGGCAGUCAUUGCCUCUGAACCGAUCCCCGAGACCCUGGAGAUUACACGCACCAGGGUCAAGAAAAUGGUCAGCGAGACUAAUCUGAUCGUCAAAGCCAUCCAGAAGAAUGACUUCCUGAGCCGCCUCGACGAUGAGCAGACAGCCAUGAUGGUGGACCUCUUAUCGGAAUCCAGCUUCAAACCGGAUGAAGACGUCAUCAAAGAGGGCUCAGAAGGAGACAGCAUGUACAUAGUAGCAGCUGGUGAGCUCCUUGUCACUCAGGCAGGCCGAAGCCUCCGCAGCCUGACCACUGGUGAUGUGUUCGGGGAGCUGGCCAUCCUGUACAACUGCAAACGGACCGCAACGGUCAAAGCAAAGACAGCAGUGCGUCUGUGGUCCAUGGAGCGACAGACAUACAGGACCAUCAUCACCAACAAGUCCAAGAAGAAGCGAGAGCAGCUCAUGGGCUUCCUAAAGACGUCUCAUAUUCUGAAGGACCUGAUCGAUGUCCAGCUGUCCAAAAUAAUUGACUCUAUGGAGGAGGUGAAAUACCAGGACAAAGAUGAGAUAGUUCAAGAAGGAGCAGAAGGAAACACAUUCUACAUCAUCCUCAAAGGAGAGGUCCUGGUGACCAAGAACGUGAAUGGGCAUCAGAAGCAGAUUCGUAGGAUGGGGAGAGGGGAGCAUUUCGGGGAACAGGCCCUCAUACGGGAAGUUUUGAGAACGGCCACCUGCAGCGCUGACGGCCCCGUUACCUGCUUCUCCAUCGACAAGGAGGUGUUUGAAGAGACAAUUCCCACAGAACACCUGGAGCUGUUUGACGACUCCAAAGUGCUACAGGAGGCAGAAGCUCCAGAGAAGCCGAGUCCCGGCUCCACUCUGAGGUUUAAGGACCUGGUCCCGGUGCUGUACCAGGAGGGUCGCUAUCAAGGAGAUCCCGUCACGCUUGGAGUCGGAGGGUUUGGCCGCGUUGAGCUGAUGACCACUGUGAAUCAUGGGAAAUAUUACGCUAUGAAGCGAGUCAGCAAGAAGCACAUUGUUGCCAAGAGACAGGAGGAGCACAUGUUGUUUGAGAAAAAGAUCCUUAAAGCCGUCCACUGCGACUUCAUCGUCAGGCUUCAUGCUGCUUUUAAAGACACACGAUACAUCUACAUGGUCAUGGAGUUCUGUGUGGGAGGAGAGAUCUGGACCAAACUCAAAGAAGUAGGGCGUUUUGACGAGCCCAUCGCCGUGUUCUGCACCGCCUGUGUGGUGGAGGCCUACGCCUACCUCCAUAAGAAGAACAUCAUGUACAGAGACCUGAAGCCCGAGAACCUGAUGAUGGACAUAAAGGGCUACGUCAAACUGGUGGACUUUGGUUUUUCAAAGGAGUUGGUGCGUGCAGAGAAAACCUAUUCAUUUGUGGGUACUCCUGAGUACAUGGCCCCAGAGAUCAUCAAGAACCAGGGACAUGACUUUGCGGUGGACUUUUGGUCCCUUGGCGUCCUGAUUUAUGAGCUAUUGGUGGGAAGUCCUCCCUUUUCAAGUUCCGAGCCUCAGAAGAUUUAUGCCAAAAUUUUGGACGGGGUGUUCAAGUACCCACCUUACAUGAGUGAGGCAGCCAAGUCCAUUAUCAGCAAAAUGUGCAGACCUCGGCCGGGUCAGAGGUUAGGAAACACCAAGAAUGGAAUCAAAGAUGUCCGGCAUCACAGGUGGUUCAGCAGUAUGAACUGGCACAAGCUGCGUGUGGGUCAGCUCGACGCCCCCACAGUGCGGCUCAUACGCAAGGGCCCCUGCUACAUCAACUUUGAUCGUUUCCCUCUUGAUCAGACGAAGGCGGAGGAGGAGUUCUCUGGCUGGGAUCGUGACUUCUGA